UUUACUUAAUUGAUGGACAAAAGGUCACAGACAACUUUGAAACUAUAGAUUUUUUUUUUCUAUUGAACACAUAUUUUUGUGGUUCGUAAUUAGUAACGGGUUAGAGCGGGCACUUCUCUGCACUUACAUGCAGAUUGCAGAGAAAAUAGUAGUCAACUUUGUGCAGACUGCAGAUGGACCGCCAACCCCGCAAGCAUUUUUGUGUUGUACAAUACAACCCAUUACUGCACGGAUUUGCAUCUAUAAACUUGCAAAAUUUGUGCAGACUGCAACGUAUUCCUUUCACUGUUCAAGAACUACCAAGAAAAGAGAUUUAAUGCAUCAAGAAGUCAUGGAUCAGAGAUUUUCAAGUUGUCGAGGUGUAUCGUUUGAGAUCCAACCACAUAAAGAUCCAUUCGCCAUUCAUGCACCUCCAGCUAGUCGACGUGGUUGGGUUCCAAGGGGGUCUUCUAACAAAACCGUGCCAACUUCGGGUGCCAUCAUCUCGAGGUCUUCUAGCCGAGCCAGUAGUCAUUUCUGUGACUUAGAAACCGACGAUGAAGAUGAUGAGGACAACGUUCUGGUCAACAUAGAAGAAGGCUACGAGUUAGACGACAAGCACGAGCUGCCCCUUCAAGUUUCAGUUCCAGAAAUGCUCCCACAAGCUCCCAGCAAAAAGAUUCUUUCUAAGCCAACAAAACCGAAAGAGUCGAGAUUGUCAGUGAUAUUGCUCCAUCAAGGCUUGUUUACAGUCUAUAAGAGACUCUUUAUGGUUUGCUUGGCUCUUAACAUUGCAGGAUUAGUUCUUGCUGCCACGGGUUAUUUUCCAUACGCGAGAAACCAUGCGACUCUUUUCUCUAUCGGAAACCUUCUUGCUCUGACACUAUGUCGAAGUGAAGCCUUCUUACGCAUCGUGUUCUGGCUGGCGGUAAACCUCCUCGGCCAUUCUUGGGUGCCGCUACGCCUCAAAACCGCUACCACCUCUUUACUUCAAUCAUUAGGUGGGAUACACAGUAGUUGUGGCGUUUCUUCUGUCGCUUGGCUUACGUAUUCUUUAGUCCUUACUAUCAAAGACAGAGACGAUACUUCUAAUGAGAUAAUUGGUGUGGCUUCCGCCAUCCUCUCCCUUCUCUGCCUGUGUUGUCUGGCGGCGUUCCCCCUCGUCCGCCACCUCCACCAUAAUGUGUUUGAAAGGACUCAUCGAUUCGCAGGCUGGGUAUCAUUGAUUCUCCUCUGGGUGUUUAUUGUGCUCACAAAAACUUAUGUACCUGAGACCAAAUCUUACCGGAAAGACGUGGGAUCAAGAUUGGUUAAAGAGCAAGAAUUCUGGUUCACCUUGGUCACAACCAUACUAAUCAUCAUCCCAUGGGUGACCGUGAGGCGGGUUGCCGUCAAGGUCUCAGCCCCAUCAGGUCAUGCUUCGAUUAUAAAAUUCGUGGGAGGAGUGAAACCAGGGAUUCUAGGUCGGAUAAGUCCAUCACCGAUGUCCGAAUGGCAUGCUUUUGGUAUCAUUUCUGAUGGAAAGGAAGAGCACAUGAUGUUAGCAGGUGCAGUGGGAGACUUCACAAAAUCCCUAGUCUCGAACCCGCCAAGCCACUUAUGGGUCCGACAAGUCCAUUUCGCUGGUCUGCCUUACCUGGUUAACAUGUACAACCGAGUCUUGGUGGUGGCAACCGGUUCUGGUAUUUGCGUCUUUCUGUCAUUCUUACUGCAACAAGGUCCAGCGGAUGUGUGUUUGUUGUGGGUAGCAAAAGGGAUCGAACAGAAUUUUGGGGAAGAAAUAAAGGAAUGGGUGAGUGGGUAUCCGAAGGAGAAGGUGAUAGUUCACGACACGGCGGUGAUGGGGCGGCCGAAUGUCUCGGAGAUGAGUGUGGCGGCGGCAAGGAAGUGGGGAGCGGAGGUGGUGAUCGUAACGAGUAAUCCUGAAGGGAGUAGGGAUGUGGUGAAUGCAUGCAAGGGUAAAGGGAUACCAGCCUUUGGUCCCAUUUGGGAUUCUUGA